AUUUGUAGGAGCGUAUUCUAUGUGCCAAACACCAUACUAGUAUUGACUUUUUAGGGGGAGGCUACACCAAAAAGGCUCGAGGCGAUGGCGGAGGUGAAGACAGCGACCGAGGCUAACGGCGCGGCGGCAACUAAGAGCAGUAGCAGCAACGGCCGCACCCGCGAGACAGAGCAUGACGAGACGCGGAAAAGGCGUGUUCCUCCAGGAGCCAACGCCACGCCCGAGGAGCGCGCACGCUACGAAUUGGAGCGUAAGAAAGUGGCCAAAUACAAGGAGGACAAGCUCAAAGCGCGUCGCGAUCACACGCGCAUGAUCCUGGAGAGCCACGCACAGGCCAAGCGACGUGCUCUUCUUGGCAAACAAUCAGAGUUCCUGGCCACCCUCGAGUUCCGCAACACGCUGCCGGAUAUCCCAUUCGACACUAAGUUCGUCAAGUACCCGCACGAACCGGAACGACUCAUCAAGUACAAACCCAACACGCUGGAAAUGGACUACACGUACGAGAUCCACGAGGAGCCCAAUCUUGGACUAACCAUCGACCUCAUCGACCCAGCCAAGUACGAAGCCCCGUUGGAGCCCGAGCCGCUUGAGGUUGGCGAUGAGCAGGUACUGAUGAUGAAGGAGGACCAUGUUGGCAACAAGGGCCGAUCCAAGGCCCGUCCGACGGUCUCUUGGCUGCGACGCACCGAGUACAUGGGCAACGAUCUGUACGACUCGGUGCACAAAUUCAAGAGCGAGGCAGAAAUUCAGAGUGCACUGCGUGAGGGUACGGAGAACGCGCUGGCGGAGGUGGUGUCAGUAACGUUGGAGGACCGGGCCGAAGCAUCCUUCCGCGACAUUAACGACCCCAAACUGUUGGUGCACCCACACAACAAGAGGAAAAAAAUUGCCAAAGUUUGGGAUGUCUUCCCGGACCAACUCCUGUCUGCCAACAAGUAUGCAAUUCUGUCGUACGAUAUGCUUCCUUCGGAAGAUGUAAAGAGCAAUGGAAUUACAAGUCGCGAGGAACGUGCUCUGUUGUGUGGUGUAAACAAGAAGAUUCAAGCCGGCAACGAGCUUAUUCAGGGAUCUAUUCUUUUACCAAACGCAUCCACGGACGAGGAGGAAAGCAGCGAUCGCGAGAAAUUCUCUUACCUCCGAGAGUAUCUUAUGUCUGUGGAUUCGCUUGACAGUCGCGAGUCACAGCACGUUGUCUUCAUGCUGGAUCCUGAAUCCAAUCAGUUCACGUACAGUGAUGUUCUGAACCGUAUCCAGCUCAGAAAAACGAAGGUACGUCGUGUUGAGUCGACGGCGUGUUAUCUUCUGGUUUGAACCCCGACAUUUGUGUGGCUAUUGCAGAUGAGUGGCGAAGAAAAACGCCGUCAUGGAGCUGUCGUUCACCGCCGGGGUUACUCAGAAGGCGAAAACGAGCGUCGCACUCAAAUUCUUUUCGAAUGCGGAGGAGUUUACGAUGAUCAGCUUGAUGACGAUGAGAGUGUGCGUGAGUUCAAGCGCCGACGGGCAGGAGAAAAUCAGGUAUCACCUGAUGACGAGGAAGCGAAGGCAAGCACACCUCCACCCGACAGUUCUCCGGAGAAAGCAGGCAACCCGGCUGAAAAAAAUGGCAGGGGUGAUAGCCCCUUCCCGCAGAACGACGGAAGUGCGAGCCCAGUCAUCAGUGACAGUGACAGUGAUUAAUCUGCUAGCGAUACGUGGUGUAAUGCUUUGCUCUGUUGCCUCGAUAACUCAAAACCACUUUGUUUUUUUUCAACAAGCAAGCUGUGUUGAUAUCAAUAACGUG